AUGGCAAGGUUCGGCGUCCCAAAGUACAUAACCACGGACCAGGGGCGGCAGUUCGAAGCAGACCUGUUCAAACGGCUAACACAACUAACAGGGACAACGCAUUAUAGAACAACAGCGUACAAUCCAGCAGCCAACGGCAUGGUCGAGCGAUUCCACCGUCAAUUAAAAACUGCCAUUAAAUGUCACCAAACUGAGAAAUGGGUCGAGAUUCUUCCCGUAGUGCUAAUGGGCAUUCGAGCUGCUUGGAAAGAAGACUUACAAGCAACAGCAGCCGAGAUAGUGUACGGAGAGCCAAUUAGACUACCCGGGCAAUUCCUGCAACAAAGCAAUAAGCAGGACAUAGUAGAGGAACCCGAAGACAUGCUAAAGCAGCUUAAAAAAAAUCUACGAGACGUAAGACCACGAGAAGUAAAAAGACACGGGCAAGCAACACCAUUUGUAUUCCAGAAUAUGGAAACAGCAACCCACGCCUUCCUACGUAGAGAACUACUGAGAGGAACCCUGCAGCCGCCAUACGAAGGACCCUUCCAAAUAAUAAAGAGAGGAGAAAAGGUAAUCACCUUACGCAAAAAUGGGAAGGACAUCAACGUCUCAAUAGACAGAAUAAAACCGGUAUAUACUCUACAAGAAAGCGACAGGGAAGAUGAUAGACAAGAAACAGUACUGCAGGAACCGCCUGAAAAAGAACAGAAGACACGGAGCAGACGAACCUCACGCCCGCCAGUUCGUUUUCAAUUACCGUGA